CCACGAAACAGAGCAUUGCAGCGUCGAGUCGCUGAAAUCGAGCAGAGUUCGUCGAUGGAGUCAGUGAAGGGGAUGGCAUUGUUAAGCUGCUGGGUGAGUCCCUACGGGCUUCGCUGCAAGAUCGGCCUGGCGGAGAAGGCGGUGGAGUACGAGUACCGCGAGGAGAACCUAAUGGAUAAGAGCGCGCUGCUGCUGCAGGCCAACCCCGUCCACAAGAAGGUCCCUGUCCUCAUCCACGACGGCCGCGCCAUCUGCGAGUCUCUCCUCAUUCUCUACUACAUCGACGAGGUCUGUGCCACCGGCUCCCCCCUGUUGCCGGCCGACCCCUACGCGCGCGCCCAGGCUCGCUUCUGGGCCGACUUCGCCGACAAAAAGAUUUUUGACGCCGGAAUAAAUAUGGUGAAGAGCAAAGGCGAGGCGGCGGCGGAAGCGAGGGAGGUGCUGGUGGAGGGGCUGAAGACGCUGGAAGGGGAGCUGGGAGAGAAGGCCUACUUCGGCGGCGAAGGAUUUGGGUUCGUCGACAUCGUGGUCGCGCCGAUCAUUGCCUGGCGCAACGCCUUCGAGAAGUAUGGCGGGUUCACGUUGGAGGCGGAGGCGCCGAAGCUGGUGGCAUGGGGGAAGCGUUGCGUGGCGGAGCGGGAGACCGUGGCGCAGGCGCUGCCGGACGGCCAGAAAGUGGUCGGUUUCGUGGGGUCCUUCAGGAAGUUCCUGGGUUUAGAGUGAACUUUGGUUGAGUUUUGUUGUCUCUUAUGUUUUGACUUUGGUCAAAAAGUAUGACGGGGAUCGCGUUAGGUGGGCUUAAAAUUCUCCUCGUUCUUGUCAUGGAUCAAAUAAAUAUAUCCCGGGUUCGAUUACCCGGCAACGUACGUGUUAAUUUUAUAAAAUGUCAGAGCAUCCGUAUUAACUUUUCUAU